AUGAUCAAAGAGUGCUUCAUCACCACCGGUGCGACAGCAAGGUUCACAGAGCUCAUCCAGGCAGUUUUUGCGCCAGAAUCUCUCCAAGCGUUUAUCGACAAUGGCUUUACAAAUUUGAACUUCCAAUGCGGAGACUCAAUAUCAGCUUUUGAGCAGCUCAGGCUUACGGACACACGAGGACUUGUCAUCAACGGGUUUGAUUUCAACAGGAAUGGUUUGAAUAAGGAGAUGAGAGCUUGCCAGGCUGGGAAUAGCUCCAGGAAGGGGCUUGUUAUAUGUCACGCUGGUGCUGGGACAAUUCUGGAUGCUAUGAGACUUGAUGUCCCGCUGGUCGUGGUACCCAACACGUCGUUACUGGAUAAUCAUCAACAAGAGCUGGCCGAUGAGUUGGAAGCUCAGGGGUAUGCUACGAGGGGAGAUACUCGGAAUCUGGCAUCAGCAAUCCGAGCUGCGUGUGCGAAAGAGGGGAAAGCUUGGGGUGGUCAUAACACCAGCUUCGCCCCUAUCGUGGACAAUGUUGUGGGCUACGAGGAAGACGUUCGUGCCAGGUUGGAUUGA